AUGACCUUCACCCCCUACGACGGGCUUGGAGACCCAAAGAAGUUCCACGAAAAAUUCCGAUCAAUAAUUAUCGUUAACGGUGCAUCUGAUCUUGUUUUAUAUCGUUGCUUUCCAAAUUAUUUAGACGGUCCUGCAAUUGACUGGCUUUGUACUUUGCCUACAAGUUCUAUCUCACGAUUUCAGGAACAUGCCAAGCAAUUUGAUGAUCAUUUUGCUAGAUCUGCUAUUUAUCUUCAUGAUUCAGAUUAUCUGAAUACAAUCAAGCAAGGACAGAAUGAGAGCCUGAAAGACUACAUGACCCGCUUCACGAAGGUCGCAAUAUGCAUACCAGACCUCCACCCUGAGGUCCAUCUGCAUGCCAUCAAUAGUGGACUUCGACCAGGGAAGUUCGAAGAGACCAUCGCGGUAGCCAAGCCAAAAACUCUUGCCGACUUUUGCAAAAAGGCCAAGGAACAAAUCGAUAUCGAAGAGCUUAGACAUGCUCGGAAAGCUGAUAAAACAUACUACAGGGAUGAGGACAAGAUGCAAAACAGUAAGAAAAGUUUUAAACUAACUCCUCGGUUUGAAUCUUACACACAGUUCAACACAAAACGAGAGGAUAUCAUCAAAGAAAUCCUGAACUCAAAAUUUAUCAAACCAUCAAGGAAGGCCGACACCUAUCAAGAUACCAAGAACGUAGAUAAGUCCAAAUACUGUAUUUUCCACCAGAAGCAUGGCCAUACCACUAACGAAUGUGUAGUCGCAAAAGACCUUUUAGAGCGGCUAGCUCGACAAGGUCAUCUUGACAAGUACAUUACCGGCUACAUGCAGAAACAUGCACCAUCCUCCACUGGAAACACUUCGUCAAAACAACAAUAUAGGGGAAAGGAGAAGGCGUCUUCAACCCAGUAUGAACAACCCUGA